AUGCCAGCUAGCUUAAUUCCCUUCGAAGGAAGUGUAGGCCCGCUCGGCAAUGGAGCCAGGCGCAGGCGGUCUCCUCCUCACUGGAGCCGUGUGGGAAAUGUGACUAGUUUAGUCUACGACUCCCUCAGCGGUGCAGAAGAGCGACUGGUCGCCUUCGCCGCCGACAGCUUGGCAGGUCUUGGUGAGAAUGACGACCUUGAAGGUCCUAGUCGAAGCCUGACCGAAGAUGUCGAGGGGUUCCCUACGAACUACCCUGAAACCACCGCCGAGGCAAUGCCGUCCCUGGUGCAGGAUUUCUACAACUUGCUCGACAGCUUCAACUGUAUCAACAAUGGUCCUAACUGUGAACUAACACGUGGCCAGGACGAUGUGAUCGAGUUAGACGACCACUGGUCCAUUGUUUACAGGCCAGCACUUGAGUACGACCCCGGAAGCAUGAAGAGAGCCGUAAGGUUUCGGAUUCUCGUCGUGGCCUGGCGAGGCUUUAGAGUCUUCAUUCGAUGCUUCAUAUAUUAAGAAAAUAAGCAAGUCCUGAUUCGUUUAUUAUAAUGAUAUCUAUUGAUUUAUU